UGGUUGGUGUCUGAUGAUCAUUUACUUUUCUCCAUCUCUCAUUCGUUCCCCUGAAUCCCAACUACGCUGGACAUUAACUUGGUGUCGUGUUCCUGUUACCAUGAACAGAAGGAUGGAUUUAAAUUUAACAGUAACGCAGGCCUCCAUAUAGUCCAACCUGCGUUGACCAUACUGCUACUGAAGUCUGUUCAAUAAAGUAGUUUUUUUUACAGAGAGGGAGGCAGAGUAUGUCAGUGUCUCUCUACCACCGUGAGAGAAAGAUGUUGCAGUUUGUGUCUCUGUCUCUCUCUCUCUCUUUCUCUUUUUUCCUCCGGUCAAAACUUUCCCACAUUAAACACUUGGACCAUAAAAGGACACAGAGAUAUCUGACCCGCUACUGAAUAAGCAGUUUAACCCCGAGGAGGAGCUCCAAUGGCCGGCAGGAGGCUGUCUGACCGCCCGGAGAGAGCGAGCUGACCCGCACCUCCACCUGCUGCUGCCCGACUCGAGCGCUCCUCUCAGCCAUGGGAUUUAAUCAAAGACGUUAUCACUAUUUAUGGAUUUUCACUGGAAAAUACUCGGAUUUGACUGAUACUUUAAGAUAGGAAAGAGAAACAUUGUGGGGGAAAAAAAAAUUCUCGCCUGAAUGUGUCAAAAAUAAAAUAAAAGUAUUUAACUAAACCGCUUCACUCUCCCUUCAUCAUGAGUUUGUGGACUAACGGCUCCUCCGAGGAUCUUUACGCCGGGACGCAGCCGCCACUGUCGGACUCCAACUCCUCCAUCAACCGUACCGACAGCUCGCAGCACCGCGGCCACCAUGGCACCGCUACGCUGGACCUGAGCCGGGCGGUGCCGGUGGGUAUGGUGCUGGCCUCCUUCAUCAUGUUCGCCAUCGUGGGGAACAUCUUGGUCAUCCUGUCGGUGGUUUGUAACCGACAUCUGCGGAUCCCGACCAACUACUUCAUCAUCAACCUGGCCAUCGCGGACCUGCUGCUGGGAACCACCGUGCUGCCGGUGUCCGCCACGCUGGAGGUUUUGGAUUACUGGGUGUUUGGUCGGAUCUUCUGUGACAUCUGGGCGGCGGUGGACGUCCUGUGCUGCACGGCAUCCAUCAUGUCUCUGUGCGUCAUCUCCAUCGAUCGUUACAUCGGUGUACGCUAUCCUCUGCAGUACCCGAUGAUCGUCACAGAGAAGCGGGCGCUGCUCGCCAUGCUGGGCGUCUGGAUCCUUGCCAUCGUCAUCUCUAUCGGCCCGCUGCUGGGCUGGAAGCAGGCGCCGUCAAAGGAUGACACGGUUUGUCUCAUCACGGAGGAACCUUUCUAUGCCCUCUUUUCGUCGCUCGGCUCCUUCUACAUCCCCCUGGCCGUCAUCCUGGCCAUGUACUGCCGAGUCUACAUCGUGGCCAAACGCACUACCAAGAACCUGGAGGCCGGCAUGAUGAAAGAGCGUCAGGAGGACUCCAAUGAGCUCACCUUGAGGAUCCACUGCAGGAACCAGCAGAUUCAGGACUUAUGCUCCACCUCCAAAUCCAGAUCCUCGGCUGGACGCAGCACACUCACCGUCAAACUGCUAAAAUUCUCCAGAGAGAAGAAAGCUGCCAAAACGCUGGGCGUUGUGGUGGGCAUGUUCAUCCUCUGCUGGCUGCCUUUCUUCCUGGCUCUGCCCAUUGGUUCGUUCAACAGCAGCCUGCGUCCUCCUGAAACUUUCUUUAAAGUCAUUUUCUGGUUGGGUUACUUCAACAGCUGCCUGAACCCGAUCAUCUACCCCUGCUACAGCCGAGAGUUCAAACAGGCGUUCAUCCGCAUCCUUCGCUGUCGUUGGAAGAGGAAGCGUCAGGGUUGGCAGGCGUACUACAACUACCGCUGCCAACAGGGCUCCAACAACUCAUCUUUCCUGAAUGGUAGCCAGCAGACGCUUUCCUCCAUCAGCCCCAGCCCGCGCUGCGUCACCUCUAGGCUUCGACCCCCAGCAUGGCCCUCCUCCACUGACCGAGACCUCCUCCCUGGGACGAUGGGAAGAGGGCGGCUAAGCCCGGUGUCCCCACUGGCUAAGGAUGCUGGGAUGGCAUCAGUCAUCUACGCGGGGCGUGGAGUGGUUGUGAACGGUCGGAACAUGAACAAAGAGGAGGUGGUGCAGAGCCUCUGAGGGAACAAUAUGUAGACAGGGGGAACACUAACCAAGACACCUGCUGCCUUCAACCUGCACAGGUCAUGAGACACUCUGCUCACUCACUGAGGUGUCAUUCAGGUGUGAUGACCGCACCUAUCAGGUGGUCAUGACUGUUCGUGCCUGUUCCUCAUCCUUUAUGACACACACUGUUAAACAUGGCAGAGCUGCUCACCUGGACCAGCAUUUUUUUUUUUACCAUCUGAUGGUUCCAGGAGCGUCCACUGCACUUCAUGAAGCUUUUACCUCCACUGCACAUGUGAGACACAUCCCACAAGAAAACACAGCCGGGGAACAUUGACACAAACCUAAACUGAAUAAAACAAACAAACAAUAAACAUAAUUUAAAAACAUGUCAAAUUUAAGUUUAGUUUUAAUCUUAAAACCUUUCAUGCAUUAACUUAGUUUUGUGUUAUUUGUUUUUCUUUAUUAUGCUAAACUAUCUUGAAAUAAGUUUUUUAAAUAUAGGCAACAUAGCUCUAUUUGUUUAUUACGCUAGGUGGUAAAGAAAAAUAUGCCAACAAUUACCUUAAAUAAGUUUCUAAAAUUAAAAUUAUUGGGAGUAAGUCAUGAACACACACACACACACACACACACACACACUAAAAUAUUCAACAGAAAAUAAAUACAAAAAUAUCUUUGAAGUGAAUUGUAUUAUUGUGUAUAUUGUGUUAUGUAUUUUGUAUGGCAUGAAUGAAUGAAGACGUCAGGUAGUCAAUAGGAAACUCAAAAUAUACUCAUUUACAAAAUGAAUUACACAUCCAAUGUUUUUGUUAUAAAUGUAUUUAUUGUUGCAUUUUUUGUCUUUCUUUCUUCGUUUUGCCAAAGAGCUUCAUGAAAUAGAGCUGAAUCUUUUCUAAAUAUAAUAAUAUUCUUAUUUUUAAUAUAACAAAGUGCUUUACAAAUUUGACUCUUCUGAUUGUUUUAAAUAGGCAGGAACCACACCUAAAUUAUUCUGAAAAUGAAAAAGAAUGAAAGAAAUGUGACUUUUAACUUCUAUUGGAAGUUAAUCAUUACAUUAUUCUAUUCUACAUUUAUUUAUUUAUGUGAAAACUGUAUUUUGGUGGUUAAAUCUGUUUCCCGGGGUUUUAUUGCUAGCUUCUGAACGGCCAUGAAUGUCUAGUAUUUAGUACAUUUUGUACACAAUGAAUGGAUUGGCUAAAAUUAGCUCACUGGCUAAUGUUAGCAUGACAUGUAUCUGUAAUUUGGACUCAGCGACUGACCUGUGAAGACUUCUACAGUUUUGCAGCCUUAAUAUCUCCCUGACAGAACAUUUAUUGUUAAAAUCCUCUCUCAGACUCACAUUAGAGGAAGUGACGUAAUCUUCCGAGAGCUGGACUUAAAACUGACCUUGUGUUUGUAGAUACUCACACCAGCAUCCAGUGGACAUUAGAGGACCUGCAGAUGCUGGUUGCUGUGAUUUUUGUGUGUUUUUUUAUACUCGUAUUGUCAAAAUCAAACCUCGCACAGAAUCAUAAAUAUACUGCAGAUGGUGUGUGUGUGUGUGUUUGUGUGUGCGUGUGUGUUUGUGUGUGUGUGUGCAUGCAUGCUACUUCCUCUAGCUUCUUUAGUGGACAUAUUGUACUGUGUUAUAUUUGUGACUCUACUGUCAACUGAUGGUUUGUACCUUAAAAAAAUGUAAACCAGAGUAGUUUGAAGGUGAAGUUUUUCUGUUUUGACUGAACGAGGCUAACACUUUCCCCCUGCUUACAGUCUUUAUGCUAAGCUACGCUAAGCAUGUUCUGGAUCAAUCUCUGUGGUGGAGAUGAAACUGAGUCUGGAGACCAAGAUUUCACUCAAGUGUCAAAAGUUCUUUUAAUGCAAGACAAAGUCAUGUUUUACAUAUUUUAAUUACAUAUGAUAAUUUAAGUAAAUUAAUUAAAUACAAUAAAACAAAUUGUGUUUCAUCAGUGCUUGUGUGUCACGUUGACUUUGGGGUCUAAAACAGGCUACAGACGUGAAGCCUUGAGACAGGAGGAACAUCACAGGAGGAGGUGAGGAUUUAGGAUAAGAUAAGGAUAAUAAUUUAAUCUCUACCAGUCUACUAUUUAAUUCUUAUGAAGUCUAACAGGGUCUAUAUGCAUGUUAGUUUAUGUCCAGGUGGGUUUUAAGACAAAGAGCCUGUUCACAUCUAGCAUUAACGUGUCUGGAGUGUCUGAAGUUCACACCUGCAUCUACAGUGACCACUUGUGAUCAGAUCUCACUUCUCCGUCUUAUAGGCAAAUAAAGUACAACAUUUAAAUUUGUUGUUUUAACCAGUCAAUAGUAGUAUCCAACACGCGCUUACAGGAAGGCCCACAUAAUUAAGAAUUUGCCAGGCAGGUGUUAGAGAGUUUAUGCAAACUCAAUAACUAGUAGUAUUUUACAUGUUUAGCAUCAAUAAAAUGUUGAUGCAUCAUUUUCGGGUAAAUUAAUGUUGAAACAGUGUUCAAACAUCUAGCUGCUAAAUAUUAGGUGAUGAGACGCCCUUCAGACAUGUAGAGUAUCUACAAAUAACAAGGUUUUACAAUGAAAGAAACAACUUAAUGUGUUCAAUUUAAUGCAGAAUUUCUAAGAAGGCGUUACGAAUUAAGAAUUUCAUAUAGCCGUCUCACAAAGUUUUUAAAGUUUCUCCUAUGCAACAAUUCUUAAAAUUGUGAAAUUUUUAAAUGAAGGCUGGUGGUGGACAGCUCUAAGUACCAGUGAUAUUGUGGAUACUAGUUGAAUUGUGUAAAAAGAUAGUGUGUUUUAACUAUUGAUUAAUUUUAUUAAUGAUUAAUUAAUAUGUGUUUUACGUUCAUUUAUUUAUGUUCGCCUAUAAAUGGACACCAAAAAGGUUGUUGUAGUAUCGGCCAAUCAUGGCUUUAUUUUAAAAAUCCACUGGAGG